CCUCCCGGAGCCUUUCGUUCGACGAUACACAAGGUCUAUCAUGGAAGGGCUCAAACAUAUUCACGAGCAGGGUUUCGUUCACUGCGACGUGAAGCUUCAGAACGUUCUCGUUUUCGACGGCGAGGUGAAAAUCGCGAACUACGAGCUCGCCAAGGAGAAGGGGGAGAAACAAGGGAAGUGCGAGUUCAGGGGAACGCCGUUGUUUAUGUCGUCGGAAUCGGUGAACGAUAAUGAAUAUGAGCCGCCGGCGGAUAUUUGGGCGUUGGGAUGCGCCGUCAUGGAGAUGGUGACCGGAAAACCCGCGUGGGAUGUUAGCAACGGUUGAAUAUUUGAUCAUUGAUGAUUCAGAUUGGAGUGCAAGAAGAAUUGCCAAAGAUUCCAGAAGUCACCAGGGAGGGAGGGAGAGGAAGGAGGAUCAUCUUUCUCCUGAUACUGAUCUGAUUAAAAAUAAACCAGAGGGGGGCUUUUUCAUGAUUCUUCACUUAAGAAAGGGAAUGUUCCCCUACUCCAGAGGCCUUUCGCAAUUCGUAAUGCGGGAAAACCAUCACUCACAACCUUGGGGAAAAAUUUUACUCUUAAAUCACAAUUGUUCAUUCCUAUAACCCAUUCCAAUAUUGUCUCCCAUCCUCCGUUGGCACACCAGGACCUUCAUCCUCUACCUGCACUACACAACGAGCCACAAAGAAAUAGAAACCAGUCAUCAAUAAAAGAGGUGAAUUUCCAUAGCAAAAGGCACAUAGAAGACAUAUUCAUGACCUCAGAUUCGAAAUUUCUCCUCAAUUAUUCUCCCAAUACAGCUUCAUGACAGAUAUUUUAAGUUCACCUUCAUCAUCCUAACAUCGGCCAUCUUCACCAAGGUACCAUUCAUCUUCUUCAAGCAAUAUUCAAUGACCAUCCAAACCUUCCCUCCCACUAUCCCUAAACCUUAACUUCCCCAAUUUCAUUUCGAUUUCGCAAUUCCAGAAGACA